CAUUGGCCGGCUCCUGACCAGCACUCCUUUUCGUCCACUAAUAACCUCCUUUGGCCUCUCAUCUCAGUCGUUAGCGGUCGGUUUGUUUGAGGUUCAUUUUCGCCCUCAGCCACAACUAACUGUACAGUUGCAGAAAAACCAUUGGAAGACGACGAAGAAAGGAAAUAAACAUUGGUUGACUUCCGCCGUCCCCGAAGAAGAUCGAGUUGGUUCUCUCUCUCCACCAGUUGGAGUUGUGCUAUUGAUUGUGGAUGCCAGAUAGAAGGGAGUUGUUGAGUGGUAGCAACCAACAGCAAGACAGCAAUUUCGUUGUUGUUUCCGCUUUCGUGUGUUUGUGACUCGCCGCAUGAGUGCGCAGCCUUCUUCCAAGCCGACGUCUCCUGUGAAUUCGUCGUCAGGCCUGGAAAGUCGCAAUGCGUCUGGGAAUUCGCCGGAUGCCGCAACUCAGGGAGAAAUGAUCGAUUCGCUUGGCGUGGCCUUGGCAGGAGUCAACCUUUCUUCCUCUGGAAAGCCGUCCUCUUCCAAUGGAGGGCUCUUUUCCAGCAGUAAUGAUUCGGCUUCGCCUUUUUCCAUGGGAACCGGUCCUACGCAGCCGGAAAGUGAGUUGGGAUGGGCGUCGACUUUUUCCGAUGCCUCCAAGUCGGCCUUUUCGGGAUCGGCGGCUCCUCCUGCCCCAGCGGAUCUGGGACAGGAAGCGCACGUCAAGGAGAGCUUGGAUCUGUUCCUAUCGCAGAGUCCGUCGCAGACUUUGGGAGACGAUGUCUUUAAAUUGAGCACCACGAAUCUUCCUGCUCUCGCUUUGUCGGAAGGCGAUCGACGUCCCAAUGGCGAAAGCAGUCCUUUUGGAUUUGGAAACAAUGGAGGCUCCAACCAGCAUAAUGGACAUGGACCUUCCCUCUCUAAUAAUGCGGCUCCAGCUCCCAGCGGUGUCUUUGGUGAUAUGCAUCGCGUGCCUGAACCUAGAGCUAGGAGAAAUGACUCGCCCUCGGUCACUGGGACCACUGCUUCCAGUAGGUCCGCAUCACCGUAUGCCAAUCAUAACGCGAACAGCUCGGAGGCAAGAGGUGGUUCAAUCCCAGCUUUUCGCUAUGACAACUCAUCCGGCGGACGCGUUGGUAGUGGAGGAGACCUGCUUGUCCAUCGUCAGGCUUCCUAUGGCGAAGAUGACAGGCAGAGUCAAGUCCACAACAUGUCCCACGGGUACAGUUCGCAUCCUAAUAUUCCUGCCCUAGAUAAUAGAGGUCCUCCCUCUCAGCAGCGCUUUGGAAGUCAAAGUGGUUCUUCCAAGAAUCUAUUUGGCACUGUCGGCGCGGGCAGUCCUUACGAAAAGGAUAGAAACUACCCUGGACAGCGCAUCGAGCCGCCUCCUCCCCCUCCUUCCCAGCACGUGGCCCAGAGUCCUCAGCAGCAGCAGGCUCAGCCACAGCCUCAGGUCCUCUACAUGGCCGUGCCAACACCGGAUGGCAGGGGUCAAGUGCUCCAGCCUGUGCAAAUGUUGCAAGUCCAAGGCAAGGGGUUCACCUACGUUGUCCCUCAGGGUGUCAACCAGGCAUCACUCAAUGGAGCGAUGGCAAUGCUCCCUCCAUUGCAGAACAACCACGAGAACGGCAAUGGGCUGAUUGGAAACGAACAGAGGAACCCGACAGGUGACUACAGGAACAACAAGAGUUACUCCUUAGAUGUCAUGAAACAGGAUGACUACAACGGCAUGUCCAAGGGCGGCGGCAAGUACAACAUGACGGCGGGUGGACACCAAGAUCCGGCUUCCUCGCUCUACGCUACUACGCAGCGCCCCCCUCUUGACGCAUUGCUUGGGCAGGUACGUCGUCUCUCUAGGGACCAAGUUGGCUGUCGUUUGGUUCAGCAAGCCUUGGACGAGGAAGGUGCCAUGGCAGCUACCCUCAUCCUGAACGAAGGAUUGCCCUUUUGGUCCGAGGCAAUGGUGGAUCCCUUUGGCAACUACUUGUUCCAAAAGAUCUUGGAGAAGAUCACUGCCGAAGAAAGGAUCAUGUUGGUCAAGACUGUGAGCUCUCGUCUUGUCAAUGCAAGUCUUAACCUUCAUGGUACUAGAAGUGUCCAGAAGAUUGUCGAACUGUGUGCGGCGGAUGAAGACGCUGGAUUCAACUCCGAGACGCAAGAUGAGUCGGCAGCAGAUAUUCUGACUCGUUCCCUCUUCCCGGCUGCGGCUCGUUUGUGCAUUGACAGUCAUGGCAAUCAUGUCAUUCAGAGAAUCCUUCUCAAGCUCGGAUCGAAGCACACCAAGUUUGUCUUUGAUGCUGUCGCGGCCAGCGUUGGGGACGUUGCUCGUCAUCGUCAUGGAUGCUGUGUCAUUCAGCGUUGUUUGGACUCUCCAGUGGGCGAGGCAAGAUCUCACUUGGUGAACCGCAUUGUCGAGAAGUCUCUUGAGCUCAUGCAGGACGCUUACGGUAACUAUGUGGUGCAGUAUGUUUUGGAUGUCUGCUCGGAUGAAGAUGUCCAUGCUGUCUGCGAGAGUGUGAUCGGCAAGGUCAACUUGUUGGCGAUCCAGAAGUUCAGUUCGAAUGUCAUGGAGAAGUGCCUCGAGCGGUGCACUGAUUCCGUCAAGGAGAUGUACAUGCAGGAACUGAGCGACCCUGAACGAGUCAGGGAAUUGAUGAUGGACCCUUUCGGAAACUAUGUGGUGCAGCGUGCUCUAUCGGUGGCAACUCAUUCCCAGGCUAUUCGACUUGUGGAAGCGAUGAGGCCACAUUUGGUAUCCACUCAACCAGGUUUCCCGAACGGUCAACGCAGCGGGGGAGUUCGAAACACUGCUGGAGGGAGGAGAAUCAUGGCCAAGAUCUGCCGUCGUUUCCCCAACUUCACCCUCAGCGCAGUGGGUUCACAAGAUGAACUUUUCAGCCAAAGCAAAAACCAGCACCGUCAAGCUGCGAAUAGCUUUGGUGCACCUGGUCACCAUGGAUUGGCGACCUACGCGCCCAUGCCUGGUGGCCACCGAGUGCAACACUACAACGGGGAUCCGGGCGCUAUCGCUGGUCCACACCUUGUGAUGAAUCAGCAGCAAGCCUACUACGACACCGGAAAUGUCAACGUUGGCUAUUUCGACCAUACUUUCACCGACCACGCUUUCGGUGGUCCGGCCUACGGAGGCCAAAACUACGGCGGUUUCCCAAACAUGUAAGAGACGUCCGCGCCCGAGACGUCUCUGGUUCUGUUAAAGUACUCUUGGGAGCCGGUUUUGUAUUCGGGUGGUACGUUCUUGUAUUGUUAGAAAUGAAUUACUGCGUUGUCGCAAGUACAGCGCUAUGUCUACGAUAUUUCAUUGUUUCAGCUACGAAAGAGAGAAGCAAAAAUUGUUAAAAAAACCAAAAAAGAAGAAAUAGAAGGGAAGUGUUGGCGGCACCUCAUGUCGCUGAUGCAUCACUAGAAGAAGAACAACAACCAACCAACAGGGAACUAAUAAUGUAUUAAGAUGUUUCUUUCAUAAUGCUGCUUU